UGCCGCGAUCGCGCCCGUGCCGAGAGCGCCGCCCGCGACAUCCGCGCCGAGCUUGGUACCUGCGCCGCCGGUUCCGCACACGACGGCGACCUGCUGGUGCGGGAGCUCGACCUCGCCUCGCUGCGCUCCGUGCGCCGCUUCUGCCACCGGGUGCUGCAGGAAGAGCCAAGACUGGAUGUUCUGAUCAAUAACGCAGGAAUAUUCCAAUGUCCGUACAUGAAGACAGAAGAUGGUUUUGAGAUGCAAUUUGGUGUUAAUCACCUGGGUCAUUUCUUGCUCACCAACCUCCUCCUUGGCCUUCUCAAAAGUUCUGCCCCAAGCAGGGUUGUGGUUGUUUCUUCCAAGCUUUACAAAUACGGAGAGAUAAACUUUGACGAUUUGAACAGCGAAAUGAAUUACAAUAGAAGUUUUUGCUACUCUCGGAGUAAACUGGCUAAUAUACUGUUCACCAACGAGCUAGCCCGCCGAUUGGAAGGCACAGGGGUCACAGUAAAUGCACUUCACCCUGGUAUUUGCAGAACCAAUCUGGGUAGACACGUGAAUGUUCCUUUGUUGGCCAAGCCCCUGCUCAGUUUUGUGUCAUGGGCUUUCUUCAAAACCCCAUUGGAAGGAGCCCAGACUUCCAUUUAUUUAGCUUCCUCUCCUGAUGUAGAAAGUGUAUCAGGGAAAUAUUUUGGUAACUGCAAAGAGGAGGAGUUGCUGCCUAAAGCCAUGGAUGACUUGGUUGCAAGGAAACUGUGGGAUAUCAGUGAAGUGAUGGUUGGACUAUUAAAAUAAGUAAUUAGGAGGCAGGUAGUUACAGAAUGGAAUGCAUAUCACUGAAAUCUUACAACCUUGAUGCUUCCUGCAGCAAUAUAUUCCCCCUUUCAGUGGUGUGCAAUAAAAAUUACUUUCAAAUCUGUAAGUAUAGUUAAUAUGAGUAAUGUAUACAGGAGCUCAAUUUUAAGAUAGAGAAUAUUAUUUUGAAGCUAGCUAUUCAAAAGAAAUACAGAGCUAGAGUCUGAGAUUUUGAAUAUAUUUCUUCAUUAAAUCUCUUCUGUAUUUAACUUAUACUAUACAUAACAAUAAUAAAAAAAUCUCUCCUUUGUGAUGUAUACAUUGUAUAUGCUUACUGUGAUAGACUACUUGAAGUCAAAAUUGACAAUGCAGGAUGUGGCUUUUGCUAUUUUUUGUGUUACAAAAUGAUAAAAACCCUCUUCUCAUAUGGAAAGCAAUGCUAUCUUUUAGCCAUUCUGGCUGAAAGAUUUCACUGAUGAGUUGCUGGCACUCUGCUCUGAUACUCUAGGCCGCCAAAUACUGCUUUAUAUCACAAAGAUUCCUUUCCACAACUAACUGCUUCAUCGGUUGCCUGAACAAGAAUCGUGUUGAGUUCAACUUCAGCUGUGGGGCAAAAGUCACAGGUCUCGAAAAUACCCUGGUUGGAGUAGUUUUGCAACUGGCAUUCGCUUAAUAUUAUAUUUUUAUUAUAUAGUAGGGACAAUCUUAUUUGGGUUAAUUCUGCCUUGUGUUGUUGUGUACAAAAGUCCCAAUUCUGCAAAAAAACAUGUGCUGGUAGACGAUGCAGCAUUGAUUUCAGCAGGGCUUUCCACGAGUGAAGUGUGCAGUACCUAUGUGAGGUUAAUUGUAGGUUUAAGGUCUAAGGUUAGCCUCAGAGGUCUCUGCUUCUAAAUAUUCUGUGCAUAGACUAGUGUUAUUUCAUACUCUAAAGAAAUGUGGAUAAGGCUCAGUUGAAUAUGGACAAUGAAUCUUUCAGAGAAAUGCACACUGACUGAUGAAGCGAUUCAACAGCACUGAUGCGUACACUUAAAAUACCAUCCAGAAACCUGUGCACACUGGAAACUCCAUAACUAACAACUGCUCCUUUGUAGGCCUCUAGAGCCUCUACUAUGCAGAUAUAAAAGAGUAAACGUAGGCCAAAAUAAGUAAAUGGAUAUUACAUGAAAAUGUCUCAUUUUUAAAAUGAAAAAAGCUUCCUGUUGUUUAUGGUGUAUUCUUUAUAAAUUCUAAUUUACUGCUAUUUGAUGGUAUCAUUUAAUGAGUAUAAAUAAAAUGCUGCU